CGCGCAGACCAAACUACCCGACACAAACCCGUAAAAACACAGGCCGAUCUCGGCUCGCCCAUCGUGCCGAUCUCGGCCUCCCGGCUCUCUCCACUCGCCUCAAUCCCCAAUGGCCGUCGACACCACCACCGCCGCGCCUUCCCACCCUGAAGGCGACGAAGGCGGUGAAGAGGCAGUGCGGCCGCUCCUCUCCGGCGCGCCCGCUGAGGUGGAGGAUGAGGAACUGGACAUCAGGUACGCGCCCUAUGCGCGCCGUGAUGCGUACGGGCCGAUGGGCCGCGGGCCGCUCUCUGCGGCGCAGGUGGCACGGUUAGUGCUGGCGGGCGUCGUUCUCCUCCCGCUCCGUCUCGUCGCAGGGGUGCUCCUGGUCGUCGCCUACUACCUCGUGUGCCGUGUGUGCACGCUGUUUGUGGGCGGAGUGGGAGAGGGCCGUCCCCGCCUACAGGGGUUGAGGAGGGAGGCCGUGCUGCGUGCUGGCCGCGUGUUGUCGCGGGCAAUGCUGUUCGUGUUCGGGUUCUACUGGAUCCCCGUGUCCGAUCGAAGCUUCCCCAAUGCCGAGGAUGUACCUAAAGAUCACUAUGAAGAACUGGAAAGACCAGGGGCGAUUGUAUCUAAUCAUGUGUCAUAUGUGGACAUUCUUUAUCAUAUGUCAGCUUCUUCUCCGAGUUUUGUUGCUAAGAACUCAGUGUCCAAGUUGCCGUUGAUUGGUCUCAUAAGCAAAUGUCUUGGGUGCAUUUUUGUUCAACGAGAAUCCAAAUGUUCAGAUUCUAAAGGUGUCUCAGGUGCUGUAACUGAAAGGCUCCAUGAGGUUUCACAAGACGAGAAUUCCCCUAUGAUCUUACUCUUUCCUGGUACAAAUCUGAGGAUACAUGAAUUGGGGGGAAAAGAAGGAAGAAGAACAGUAGCCGCCGCCGCCGAGGGUACUACUACGAAUGGGGAUUACCUUCUCCCAUUUAAGACAGGAGCCUUUCUUGCAAGGGCACCAUUGCAACCUGUAAUUUUGAGAUAUCCUUGCAGGAGAUUUAGUCCAGCCUGGGACUCCAUGGAUGGGGCACGUCAUGUGUUUUUGCUCCUCUGUCAAUUUGCAAAUUACAUAGAGGUGGUUCGCUUGCCUGUAUACUAUCCUUCUGAGCAAGAAAAGCAGGAUCCUAGAGUCUAUGCCAACAACGUCAGAAAAUUGCUUGCGACUGAGGGUAAUUUAGUUCUGUCUAAUCUUGGGCUGGCUGAAAAGCGUGCGUAUCAUGCGGCACUUAAUGGUAAUAGUCCUCGUGCCCUGCAUCAGAAAGAUGAUUGAAAGCCCUUGCAUCACUCUCUGUACACUAUCUGUUGAGGACUGUUGUGUCAAAGCUAAUUUGGAUACACAUGAUGAUAGUUUUACUUUUUGUCUUUGUACAUCGUGAAUUAAAUUUGUCGUUUUUUCUUUCUCAGUGAGGUCAGACACCAUGUACAUGUGUGCGCCUUUGAAACAAACCUGAGUUAGGUCUUGGGGCCAGAAGAAAUAGAGAUAGACGGGUAAAAGUUGAAAACUAACUUCUGUUUAUUUGAUUCGGCAUGUGAUUUGUUUGAUAUCCACUAAUGCGGAGUCCUAAUGGAAGUUCUGCCAGUGUGUAUCAAAUAUUAGUCCUAAAUGGGAACUUCUGCCAGUGUGUAUCAAAUAUUAGUCCUAAAUGGGAACUUCUGCCAGUGUGUAUCAGAUACUAGGCCUAAUCGAACUUCUGCUUAGCACA